AGGCCAUAGCUCAUGUCACACGACUCACACAUGUAUGUGAUAUAAAAUAUGGUAUUAGGAAAUGGUGUUGCUUUUGCUUUCAUGACAAAAAAAAGUGCCCCACUUGUUGCUGAAUCUUGUCCUUGUAUACGGUAAGGUCAAUCUUCAAGAUCCAUGGUAUGGUUUUAGACUCUUAGUAGUCUCAGAAACCAAAACAAUCCCUCAGAGGUUACAUAGAAACAAAGGACUGAUAUGGGGUUCCAACAACAUGGGAAUAGGGAAGUGGGGUUGUCUUUGGGAACAAAAAACAAGUACAAGAGGAUGAACUCCGAGCUUCGAGAGGGUUACGAUGAUGUUUUGCAUCAAGAAGAUAGGAGGAACAGUACUAGGAAAUAUGUUAUAGCCUGUGCCAUCUUUGCUUCUCUCAACAAUGUCCUUCUCGGCUAUGAUGUGGGUGUGAUGAGUGGGGCAGUUAUAUUUAUCAAAGAAGAUCUUAAGAUAUCUGAGGUGAAGGAAGAAUUUUUGGUUGGUAUAUUAAGCAUUGUUUCUCUGCUGGGAAGCCUAGGUGGUGGAAGAACUUCAGAUAUUAUUGGUAGGAAAUGGACAAUGGCCAUAGCUGCAGUGAUCUUUCAAAUAGGUUCGCUCAUAAUGACUCUUGCUCCUUCAUUUUCAAUACUAAUGAUUGGAAGACUUUUAGCAGGAGUUGGAAUAGGAUUUGGAGGCUUGAUUGCCCCUAUAUACAUUGCAGAGAUAUCACCAAACACCACUAGAGGCUUUCUCACCACCUUCCCAGAGAUUUUCAUUAAUCUAGGAAUUCUCCUUGGUUAUGUCUCAAAUUAUGCAUUUUCAGGCUUUUCAGCACACAUAAAUUGGAGGAUAAUGCUUGCUGUGGGGAUUUUGCCCUCAGUGUUCAUUGGCUUUGCUCUUUUCAUCAUUCCUGAAUCACCAAGGUGGUUGGUAAUGCAGAACCGGAUCCAAGAAGCAAGAUCAGUGCUUCUGAAAACAAAUGAAAGUGACAGAGAAGUGGAGGAGAGGCUAGCAGAGAUUCAACAGGCUGCUGGUGUGGCCAAUUGUGAGAACUAUGAUGAAAAACCUGUGUGGUAUGAACUGUUGUUUCCUUCGCCUUCGCUUCGCCGAAUGAUGAUAACAGGAAUUGGAAUUCAAUGUUUCCAACAGAUUUCUGGAAUUGAUGCAACUGUGUAUUACAGUCCUGAGAUUUUCAAAGCAGCUGGGAUUGAGGAUAAUGCAAAACUCUUAGCUGCAACUGUUGCUGUAGGUGUGACAAAGACACUUUUCAUAUUGGUAGCAUUUUUUCUCAUUGACAAAAAGGGUAGGAGGCCACUACUCUUUGUAAGCACAAUUGGGAUGACACUUUGUUUGUUUAGCAUAGGGGCUAGUCUUUCUUUGUUCUCACAAGGGUCAUUUGUGAUUGCAUUGGCAAUUCUAUUUGUUUGUGGGAAUGUGGCUUUCUUUUCUGUUGGAUUAGGCCCUGUGUGUUGGGUUGUGACAUCUGAAAUCUUCCCUUUGAGGUUGAGAGCACAAGCAUCAGCACUUGGAGCUGUGAGAAAUAGGGUAUGCAGUGGCCUUGUUGCCAUGUCUUUCCUUUCUGUCUCGCGUGCAAUUACUGUUGCUGGAGCAUUCUUUGUGUUUGCUGCUGUUUCUUCUCUUGCCAUUGUCUUUGUCUACAUGUUUGUUCCUGAAACCAAAGGGAAGUCUUUGGAGCAGAUAGAGAUCAUGUUUAAGAAUGAACAUGAGAGGCAAGGAUGUGAAAUGGAGUUAGGAGAUGUUGAAGUUGAACAACUUGUGAAGGACAAAACAGUUUUAACAAGUUAAUUGAUUAGGUUAUAUGAAUCUGUUUGAUGGUUUGAAGAGGUUGUUGGGGAGUUAUGCCAGGGAUACACAAAUUCCACUGCUUAUGUCAAAGUAUCCUGUAUGUGAAAUUCUUGAGGACUUAAUUGGCUUGCAUGGAUGAUCUUUCCACAAUCACAGAUUUGAGAUUAACAACAGCGAAGAACAGAAGAAAAUAUGAAAAGAAAAUGCAUUCUGACUUUACUUUCCUAGUUGUGCCGUUAUUGUUUUUAUUUUAAGAAUAUAACAGUGGUAGUAGUAUCAAAACAUGGAUAGAGAUUUUUGACAAAUUUAGUACCAAACCAUCAUUAUAAUGUAUUAUUAUAUACCAUUAUUUGAAGUAAUGUGAUUAAGAUGGAAAUUCUUUUAA